AUGGAUGUGGCCUCCCGACAGACAAUGAGGCUUAUUCGGCCCUCAAAUAGCCGAUCCCUUCUCUCCAGCCCUCGCAUUGCCGGCGCUGCUCUCCCAACUACAUACCCUCUCAACCGCAUUCGACGGAGAAAUGCUUCCAACACCCCUCGGAGACUUGCACCAGAGACAUCAUUUCUGCCCCUAGGCUCUGGGGCCUCGUCCAGUGCACCACCUACGUACUUCUCCAAUCGCACUUCCCUUCCUGUCAACACCGUUGUUCGCUUCGUCCCCCAACAGACAGCAUGGAUUGUCGAGCGGAUGGGCAAGUUCCAUCGGAUUCUAGAACCCGGUCUCGCCAUUUUGAUCCCAUUCCUGGACCGGAUUGCCUAUGUUAAGAGCUUGAAGGAGUCGGCUAUCGAGAUACCCAGUCAGAAUGCCAUCACGGCCGACAAUGUAACCUUGGAGUUGGAUGGCGUGUUAUACACGAGGGUUUUUGACGCGUAUAAAGCCAGUUACGGAGUGGAGGAUGCCGAAUAUGCCAUUUCUCAACUUGCGCAGACGACCAUGCGUUCGGAAAUCGGCCAACUUACCCUGGAUCACGUUCUGAAGGAGCGCGCCACGUUAAAUACCAACAUCACACAGGCCAUCAACGAGGCCGCGCGCGAUUGGGGUGUUGUGUGUCUGCGGUACGAAAUUAGGGAUAUCCACGCCCCCGAAGGUGUCGUUGCGGCCAUGCACCGCCAGGUGACGGCAGAGCGGUCGAAGCGCGCGGAGAUUCUCGAGUCCGAAGGUCAGCGACAGAGCGCAAUCAACAUUGCUGAGGGUCGGAAGCAGUCCGUUAUCCUGGCUUCCGAGGCUAUGCGGACCGAACAGAUCAACCGUGCUGCGGGUGAAGCCGAGGCCAUCCUGCUGAAGGCCAAGGCGACCGCCAGAGGCAUUGACGCCGUUGCUCAGGCGAUCGAGGCUGGCAAGGACAAUGCUCACGGCGCCGUCAGCCUGAGCGUCGCCGAGAAGUACGUUGAGGCCUUCUCCAACCUUGCCAAGGAGGGUACUGCCGUGGUCGUUCCCGGUAACGUUGGCGACAUGGGUGGCAUGAUUGCCAAUGCCAUGGCUGUGUACGGCAAGAUCAAUGAGAGCCAGGCCAAGACCAUCGCAGCGAAGUCUCUGGGAGUCCAGGAGCCGGUUCAGACGGAGACCACUUCCAACAGCGCCAAGUCGGAGCAGACACCGGAGUACGACAACGUCGAUGCGGAGAAGGAACACAAGACUCCUGAUGCCGUUCAGGAUGUUCUAGAAGGAUUUGACCAGGUUAGCCAACAGAGACACCAAUGA